UCGUCUUCUUCAUUCGAUUUUUGAGUUUGAUUUCUAAUUUUGGAUCCAGAGGGUUUAUCAUCUGAAUGAUUCCGAUUUUGUGGACUUGUUCUUCUGAAAUGUUUUAUUGAACAUAUUGCUUCAUCGGAAAGGGUAACUGCAAUGAACUCUGUAUCUGUCACCCUCGCAUUUCAUGUAGCUUCAGACCGCUCUGCCAUAAACCAAUGUCGGAUAAAUCUUAAGUGUUUGGUUUCUUGUAUGCGGGUCUCUAGGCAAGCAAUGCACGAGUUGUGGAUGCCUACUGCUUCAAGUGAACAGUCCCAGGAAGCUUUGUCUGCUCCAAGUUGUAGCCUUUCGCAAAGUCUGCCUGUGUAUGCCACUUCCCAUGAUUCAGAUGGAGGAAGCGAAGGAGGCAUCUGCUCUUCCAUUGGAGAAUUUGAUAGAAAAACAUCAUUGGAGCCUUUCCAUGGCACUUGUGUUGUUACCUCAUCAAGUGCUCAUGGAUCAACUAGUUAUGCUGCAGGUAAGGUUAGUUCGAGUCUAACUGGAGCUAGAAGAAUAGUUGGUUUUGCAUCAAGCGAAACUAGCUCACUGGACAACAAACAAACGAGUGUCGCUGUUGAUCACUCUCUAUCAUCCACUGGUGGAGUUACAGGAGUAGAUAUUGGUGGAGCGUUAGUCAGGAAACGAGUACUCUCCCCGUUGAAUACUCUUUUCCCUGUAAAAUUCAGAGGUGACCUGCUUGAUAUCAGCUGUGGUAACCAUCAACAAAAUACUUAUUCUGGUCAGUCUAAUGGAUUCUGCAAGUCUGUCGCACAAGAUCACAAUAAGGCUAAUACCCCUAGUAGGUUACAUCUCUCUACCACUCCUACGACCACAACCACAUCUAGUUGCUGGGAAUGGAAGAAUGCCUCAAACAGUAGUAGACUCUCGUCCAUGGUCUUCACUGAUGGUCCAUUGCUUGACUCUGUAGACCUCCGCCGACCCACUAAUGGUGAGGUUUGCUUAUAUUCACCACUAUAUGAAACGUCUGGCAUACCAAAUAAGCCCUUACCUUGUGAUAAGGAAAUAUCUGUGUCUCCGCCGCUUUGUCUGUCACCACUUGGUCCGAAGUUUUCUGAGAGAAUAAAAGCUGUAAGAAGUUGUCAAAAUGGGAAGAUACUGGAAGAUCUAAGGAAUAUCAGUGAAGAAGCAGAAUUAAGAGUUGAUCGUAGACUGUUUGAUGAUGCAUAUGCCAUUAGGAGAGCAUUUUCAAUGGAGAGAAGUACUGAAUCAGCUCCUGCAUCUCCAUGUAAAAGGUUCAUUAGAAGCUUGAGUGGACGCCCCAUUCAGAGGUCAUUGGUUGGUUCUUUUGAGGAGUCACUCUUGACAGGACGAUUGUCAUGCGGGCCAACAAAUCAGAAGAUUGACGGCUUCCUUGCCGUUCUUAGUAUUGCUGGGGGAAACAUCUCUCCAAAAUCACAGAAACUUCCAUUUUCAGUAACUAGUGCUGGUGAUGAUUGCCUCUUGCUAUACUAUGCCUCCAUAGAUCUCGCUGGAGGAUCUAAAUUGAACAAAUUCUGGGGCCAGAAAAUGAAAACAAGUCAAAUGAACUCUGAUGCUCAGAGUUCGAAGAGCCAACUGCGGAUCCCCAUGAAGGGUCGGAUUCAACUGGUUCUUAGUAACCCUGAGAAAACCCCUCUUCACACCUUCCUCUGUAACUAUGACUUGACUGAUAUGCCAGCCGGUACAAAGACGUUCUUGCGCCAGAAGGUUACUCUGGGAUCAUCUAAUCCAACUAGUGAAGCAAUGCAAGAGAACACUAGAAAAUCCAAAAGCUUGGAAAAAGGAAACUCUAAACAGGGGGACAAAGAAAGUUGUGAAGGAUCUGAUUUAGUAGAUUCAGUGGAAGGAGAUGAGAAAUUUGAUGAAAUACAUGAAAGUGGAAAAAGCUGUUUAAACACGUCCAAAGAAUGUAACGGUGGUUCUGGUGCUCUACGCUAUGCUCUUCAUCUGAGAUUUCUUUGCCCAUUACCGAAGAAAGCUUCAAAGAAAUCUGACGAAACGGAAACUACGGGGCAAAAGAAAAACUUGGAUUCAGAUGGGAAGAGGAGAUUCUAUCUGUACAACGACUUAAGAGUCGUGUUUCCUCAGCGCCACACAGAUUCUGAUGAAGGAAAGUUGAAUGUGGAGUACCAUUACCCUGAAAACCCAAGAUACUUCGACAUCACCGAGUGAGAACUUAACUGGUUCAGCUUCAUGGUUACACAAGCUCAAUGGUUUUCUUGUUCAAGAAGAAAUCAGUGGACUUUUUUUGUACAUACAAAUUUAUAGUCACAAAUCACAAUGGCUCUGACCCACUUUGUACAGUACUAUUCCGGGGUUCUCUUUUUCCAAGAAAGAAAACUGAAUAAUAAAACGUAAUUUCAAAA